UUCCUCUGUUUCUUCUUAGGCAAACAUCUCGAACUUUGACUUGGUAAUGGAGUCUGACUUGGGCACCUUCAGGCCCGUGGGACUGCAGUUCACAGGCAGUGACAAAGCUCGGGCGAUCAUGCAGGAGGUGAUGAAACUGUUGGCUCCCAUCAAUGUCACGUCUCUUGAGCGGGAAGGAGAGGGGACAGACAUUAACAUGUGGAUGCAGGCUGGGGUUCCAGGUGCCAGUCUGCACACUGCAGAUCAAAGGUAUUUCUGGUUUCAUCACAGCGAUGGAGACACGAUGAGCGUUCAGGAUCCAGAGGAGAUGAACCUGUGUUCAGCUGUGUGGGCCGUAGUGGCUUAUGUGGUGGCUGACCUGGAGGAAAUGCUCCCUAGAUAACAAAUCACUCUGAAACUACAAAUCAAACCUUUCUCUGUCAGCAACCCUGUGAUUUAACUUGAGCUACAACUGUGAUCACUCCAGUAUGUACCACUGUUGUGUAAUUUUCUUUUAUUUUCUAGUCGGUAGUUUCCUUUUAUACUGUAAAUUAAUAUAUCGUUCCAGUCGGAUAAUUUGUAAGUUUUAAGUAAGCCGUAAUGUGUACAUAAAAUGUUUUGAAUAAAUACAUACCACUUAAAGUAUCCUCGGAAUUUAGGUUGCAGAGCCUUGGUUGCACACUUUUACAUAAACUACAAAAACACAGUGAGGCUGAUAUGCUGUCAUAUAGUACUUUAUGAUUUCACAGGAUGAGCCAGAAUCAUCAGAUCUCAUGAUCCCAACAGUUCUCAUUUCUAAAAAUAAACAUGUGGUCAUGACGUUAUGAAUACGCUUUUAGCCGGUCAUCCUUCCUCUAUAUAUCUAUUAAGCAAGUUUUCAGAUGGAGAAGUAGGGAUGUGACAUAUAAUUUCAUGCAUUACCAGUAAUGUAAUAGAGCUCCAUCAUAUUAAAGUUAGAUAUAGUAAUGCUCAUUUUAGCCUUGUUAUAAUGAAAAAAAUACCCUUUAGAUAAGUUAUAAGCUUGUGGGGUGGUUAUCUGUACUAACACUUAUGCAUGUAACAAGCUUAUUCAACAUAAUUGUAUGAUACAUUGGUUUCCAUGUUUCAUGGGGACUUAAAACAUGUACAUAAUGACUUUUAAACUUUACAAACUGUAUAUUGUAUCCCCUAACCCUGCAAGCACCUUUCUGCAUUGUUGCAUUUUCAAAUAUGUAAAAAAAAGUGCAAUAAAGAGAAAAUCGCCUUUUA